AACAAAAAUAAAUAAAUAACUUUUUCGCUUGAAUUGAAAAGAGUGAAAGCGAAAACUAUCGCUUUCUGCGCAAGUCUGUUCUAGCAACUAAUUCACGUCACGAACUUGGGAACCGCUGGAGCAAACGAUUUAGAAUUUUUUUUCCCUCUCCAUCACUUGUCCGCAAGCAGAGAUCUAAACGGUGUGUGUUUCUUGAAGAGAGAUUGUUGACAGCUGGUUGUCAUGGAAACCUCGCGAUAUUGCAUCCUCAUCUGCAUCAUCUUUGGAAUGCACAAACACUUAGGAUUCGCAAGUACACAUAAAGUACCAGCUGCAGAGGAAUCUCCUACUUUCUGGUUCGAGAUGGGACAAGCAGAUCUCCAGGAUUCAUUGAGGAUCUAUCCGAAUAUGAGGGUGGCGAAGAAUAUAAUCAUCUUUGUGGGAGAUGGCAUGGGAGUGAGCACCGUUAUGGCCUCCAGGGUGUUUCAGGGUCAGAAAGAAGAUCGUCCAGGGGAAGAUAGUCAACUGAGCUUUGAAAAAUUCCCCUACGUGGCCCUCUCAAAAACGUACAGUGUGAGCCAUCAGGUUCCCGAUUCGGCAUCUACCGCAACGGCUCUAUUUACGGGGACCAAAACUAACUCUGGAGCAAUUGGUGUUUCGGCCAGGGCCAAAAUCAACAACUGCGAUUCCUCCAUCGGGAAUGAGCUCCCCUCCAUUCUCACUUGGGCACAGGAAGCAGGUAAAGACACGGGACUGGUGACUACCACACGAGUCACUCACGCCACUCCAGCUGCCCUCUAUGGUCACAGUCCCCACAGGGAUUGGGAGAGUGACACCAAAAUGCCUAAAAACGCUACUCGCUGCAAAGACUUGGCGAGGCAACUCGUGGAGGACUUGCCCGGACGUGACCUCAAGGUAAAAUCGAGCAGAAAUUCUCGAGCAAAGUUCAUCACAACAGCGACUGAAUUAGCAUCACUCAACAAAGUUCCCGUAGAUUAUGUGUUGGGUUUGUUCAACCACAAUCACAUGCAGUUCGAGGCGGACAAGAAGAAGGACCGACACGAAGAACCCUCCAUAACAGACAUGACAAAAGCAGCCAUCAACAUUCUCCAGAAGAACAAUAAGGGUUUCUUCCUAAUGGUCGAAGGUGGAAGAAUAGAUCAUGCUCACCAUUUCAACAAUGCGAAACGAGCACUCUCAGAAACUGUCUCCUUGGCAGACGCUGUGCAAGCAGCUGUCAACAUGACCUCACCCAAAGACACUCUCAUAGUGGUCACAGCUGACCACUCUCACGUCCUGACCAUCAACGGGUAUCCUAAGCGAGGCAAUCCUAUUCUCGGCUUAGCCGGUGUCUCCAACAAGGACAAUCUCACCUACACGACACUCAUGUAUACCAAUGGCCCAUCCAAUCACAUAGUGAACGGGAAAAGGAGAAAUUUGAACGAAACAGACACUGGCUCCAAGAACUUUUUCCAAGAUGCGCUGGUUCCCAUGUCCGAUGAGACACAUGGUGGUGAGGAUGUACCGAUCUACGCUACAGGUCCCAUGGCUCACCUGUUCAGGGGAGUUGUAGAACAAAAUUACGUGGCUCAUGUCAUGGCAUACGCAGCCUGCAUUGGUAGAAAUAAGCAACACUGCCAGAGGAUCGGUGACAGGCUGCCACUCACCGCAACCGAAAAUAAAGCUGCUGGACGAGUGGGUGUUUCCUAUUUGUUCUUUGCUGUUGCGGCUGUUGCCUCUACUGUGCGCUAUAUGAUCGCUGGAUUUUAAAUACCUCAAUAUCACGUCAUACAGUGAGACAAAAUAAUCAUCUCAUCUAAUUUUCUGUCCAAUGAUGAGAUUUUUAACGUUCUAAAAAGCAAUCGAACUGGUUUAAAGGAUACAAUUGAGCAGAGUGAUCUAAGUGAAUUUGAGUAUAGUUCGUUCACCAGGGGUUGGCACUUGGCGAGAAACAUCUCCGCACUUGAAAUUGAGACAACCCUUAAUGCGCUCCAAACGCAAAUAGUGAAUUUUUUUUCAGUCACUUGCUUUACUUUAUCAUCUGCUAUUAUACCUUUCGUUACUCUAGAUAAUUAAACAUAUUCUAAAUUUAAAAACUGCUGUUUUCCAAACAAAAUGUUUCAAAAAAGACAAACUAUUCAAUCAAAAGAGAGAAAUAUUAUCAAAUUUAUGAAAUAUAAAAAGUUAAAAAAAACCACAUAAAGAUAAUUAUUUUGAUAUAAUAUUUUGAUGAAGAUAAAUAAAAAAAUGAAUAUCUCCAAAUAGCAACAUUGUUCAGGAUUGUUCACAUCCUUCUCUCAAAAUUAGCCAAAUGGUAUCGUCGUAUACAACGUGAAUGAAGGCUGAGCCAAGUGCCAACUUCUGGUGAACGAACUAUAACUGAGCAUUUAAGUUUUCUAAGUUAACAGUAGUAAAUGAAGGACUGUGCCUUACUUUAAUUUUUUGUUCGCAAUCUUCCAGCAUAAAAUAUCUUAUUUUUGCAAAAGAUAUGUUAUUUCCAUAACUUCUGUAAAUUUCUAACAGUUAUUAAUGACUGGUAGUUCAAAUUUGUCCUAUCUUAAGUUACUAUCUUUCAGUAUAAAAUACCUUAUUUUUGCAAAAGAUAUGUUAUUUCCAGAACUGCUGUAAAUUUCUAACAGUUAUUAAUGACUGUUAGUUCAAUUUGGUCUAUCUUAAGUUACAAUUUCAAGUUAAAAUUUGAAAAUGGCGCAAGACGCCAUUAUGAAGAAAAGCCAUAGUUUUGUGAAAAUGAAGUCUUUUUUUUUUAUCUAAUGUUUUUAUACUUAAAAAGUCACUCUAACGUUCCAUUAUUUACGAUCACAAAAAUUUGCAAAAAUUAAGAAUUUUUCUAUAAAUUUGAUCCUUUUCAUCUAGGGGUUGGGGGAUUUUUAAAAAUUUCCUAACUUUUAAAAUAGGGACAUUAUUUGCUUCAUAGAAACUGCGUAUUCCGCAUUUUAAUUUGCUCCCAAAAGACAGGUUUUCUUAAGUUACGGAACGACCGUUUUAUGCCUAAAAGACGCUUUGAUCAUUCUUCCCCUAAAAACGGUCCGAGACUAUCAUUUGGAUCCGUAAUUUAUUGAGAUCUAGGAAUUAAAAGACUUAAAUAAGACUAAAAUAAGAAAGUUCUCUGAUUAAUCUGGAUUUUUUUAAAUAUAUCAGGUUUUCUUUUUNUUUU